AUGGCGAGGGGCGACGCCGGCGACGCCGGCGAGGAGCCCAGCCCGAUGGACGUCGAGCGCAGGCCGCUCGUGGUCAGUGACGGGGAGGAGCCGUCAUGGGCGAAGAAUGGGAGAACUCGGAAGUGGCGUGCCCGAAACCCGAGAUGCGCCAAGGUCAUCAUUGGAACUGGUUUGGGGCUGCUGGUGGUGCUGAUCGCAAUGGGAAUUGCAGCCAUGCACAUUUGGCGCACAAAGUGGAACCGAGGCGAUGCAGACAUCAGUUCAUCCGCCUUCCAAUGUUCUGAGAACUGUACCACCGUUGAUCAUUCGUUGUGGACCAGGGUGUUGAGCAGCUGCGUUGCGCCUGGCUAUGUAUCAGGCGACAUCCCAUAUACUGCAUUCAACUACACGAGAUUGACACCAGGUGGCGAUUCAAGUGUAAUGCAAGACUUCAGGGCUUAUCUGGAUCGCAUACAGAACACCGAUCUGGACUCGCUGUCUCCCGACGAAUCCCUGCCCUUCGCCAUCAACGCUUACAACGCCUUCGUCGUCAACAUGGUGGUCUCGCACUUCGUCCGCGCCGAGGGCAGCAUCAGGGACCUCACGAGCGUCCUGCACGGGCCGGUGUGGAAGCGGGUUGCCGGCAGGCUCAGGCAGACGGUGGACGGGGCGGCGCGGGAAGUGGAGGUGUCGCUCGACGACAUCGAGCACCAGAUCAUCAGGGGGAGGCUGACUAACCACAAGGAGCCGCGCAUUCACUCAACCGUGAACUGCGCCAGCAUCAGCUGCCCGGACCUGCGACCCGAGGCGUUCACGGCCAACGGACUGGAUGCCCAGCUGGAUGAGCAGAUGCGCGCAUGGAUGGCCAACGCGGGGAAGGGCCUCAAAGCGGACAACCAAAGCAACAGCCUGUACCUGUCCAAGAUCGUGGACUGGUAUUCUGGCGACUUCAAGGGCACUGGGAUGGCGCCAGAGCUGUACCUCGCGCAGUUCGCGCCCCAAGAGGCGGCCGCCUUCAUUCGAGACAGACGGCCGUCGGUGCAGUACUUCGGAUACGAUUGGAAUCUGAAUAGCGUCGAGCACGGGGUGGUUCAGAUGCCGUGA